AUGGGAUCCAACAAGUUGAAAUCCUUCUGGUUCAGCAUUUCUGAUGAGCCUCUACCAGCGCUGGACUUUCUGUCAGCAGCUCUUCUCUCUGCUGAGUAUGAGAGAGCCCUGGGAAGAGCGCUGGCGAUGCCAGAAUGCAGGCUCAUUCCGUUCUUCGGAGCAUUCUUGAGAGAACUCAGAGAAAUCCUGGCGGCCACGCCGUCGUUGACCACACCGCACUCCGUGGGGGGCACGCCGACACACCGAAGGGAGUUCAAAAGAGAGUCUCUGAAAGAUGACAGAGGGUCACUUAAACGAGAGACAAGAAGAGAAAGUGGUAAAAGAAUGGACCAAAGUACCACGACUAGUCCUUUAAGGGAUAGUUGUAAGAGAGAACCUAGACCCAGCGAUUCUACUAAGCAAGUGUAUAUAGCUUCAUUUGAUGAGGAAGGUGAGCAGCCACAAGGAUGGAGACGCGUAGGACCAGAAGGUCUAAUCAAUUUAGAAAAAGUCUACCGUACACAAGCUGUGAUGGACCACAUAGCCAGUUUUCACCAACACCACUACGCAUUAGCCAGGAGUAAUGCACCGAGCUUAAUUGUCUCUUUUCAUCUUAGAACAGCAAUGUCUAUUUGCGACGAGCCGGUCUUCUCGCAGCCCACGCAGAAGACUAACGGUGAAUUCGAGAACGAAGCAUUAUACGAGUUAGAAGGUACAGGAUAUUGUCCUGUGCAGCCUCUGCCUCAUGAUCAUGGAGUCACUAUGUUUCCCUUGGCACCACAAAAUGGGGAAAGGAUGGAUAGGCAUAUAUUACAGAUAAUGCACCAUGGGACAGCUUGUGUUAUCUCUGAACCAGAAUGGGGUGGUGCGCUGGCGCAAAUUAGACUAGAACGUGCGUGUGCCUUGUUAGCGUGGUGUCGAACAGCGCAUACGCCUCACACACAGCAUGGAGAAACCCCCUCAGAAAGUGUACAGCAACCAGAAGUGAGCCUUUCUUACAACCCUGAAGAAGUCAUACCCCUGAAAUACACCGCCAACCUGGCACAUGAAAAUGAGGCUGGCAUCGUUGGGGAAGAGGGAUUUAUCGAUUUACAAUGCGUCAAAGACAUGCGUCUUGGAGGCAAACUCCUCGAGUCAAGAGACCUGGCGGAGUUAACUGCCAGUGCGAGGAGACACGGACUGGAGAUCUGCUCUCAAGGUCCUCAUAUCAUCUCCCUGGUGUAUGGAAGAACUUUGAGUGACAACAGAACUGUUCAUUUAGUAUUGCCAGCGUAUUCUUACAGAGUAUGGGCAGUCGGCCUUUAUUCCGUCAUCAGAGCUCUGAUGAGCCAAGCCAAGCUUGCGGACAGGAGUCUUGCCUGGCUAAAAAACAAGUACACGGCUUUAUACUAUGAGGAGGGAUGCUGCUGUGAGCCUCUCGUAUCAGAUGCUAUUCGGGUCUUCGGAGGGCGAGAGUCGACCUGCGGCAGCUCAUCUCACUCCACUCCUGUGAAAGGCGGUUACACGGACUCACACUGUGAUUCCCUUAAAAUAUCUGGCAUCAAGUUUAAGAAGAACAAAUCAACAUCGGAGCUGAAAACGAGCUCCCCUAAAAGCAUCCAGUCCUCGCACACUUCUGGUACCAGGAGCGAAGACGAAGUGAUGCAGGGAUCACCGAGACAUAGCUCCUAUUCCUCGUCAAUCAUUCAUCCUCACAUGUAUGGACCACGACACAGCAGCCUAACGGCCGCUGCUACCAGCAUCAUAGCAGGUUCUCCUAACAGAAGUAGCCUCAGAAGAUUGGAAACCAGUGAACGUUUCUGGGAAAACUUGAAGCACUUGAGAACAGGCUCCGUUGGCUACGACACACAACUGGACUUCAUGGACUUUGUCGCUCUGUUUAGGAGUUUCAGCCUCGUGAUGCGAUCAGAGCUACGAGAUAUAUUCGAACAGCUGGCCGUACCACGUAACAAAUCACCAUUGUUGGGAGCCGAGAAAAGUCGAAGUUCACCCGAACUUUUCCGAAGCAGAGGCAUUUUUCGAACUGGUCUGUUGACGAGAAAUGGUUCGUUAGACUUGGAGCCUCCAAGUGAUAAAGUGGGAAGGAAGAAAGCCUUCGACGUAUUAGCUGCAGCGGCCUUACCAGGUGCGUGUCCCGACGUUGGUGGUCGAGUCCUCUCGCUGCCAACCCUGGGCAAGUUCUGCGAGACGAGACAAUGCGAGCCUAAGACUGAACAGCAGUUAAAGGACAUCAUACAGAGACACGAACCAGACCCAACUCUUCGAGCGGAAAACUGUCUUUCAUUCGAAGGUUUCGUCAGAUUCCUCACUGACAAGGAUAAUUACGCGUUCGUGCCUGAACAAAUGAGGGCUGGUAAUUUUAGCAGUAAACAGAACCCUGAAGAUGACGAAAGCAAGCAGCCAGCCAAGGAUAUGAGCGGCCCCCUCAGCCAGUACUAUAUAGCCAGCUCCCACAAUACAUACCUGACAGGGCACCAGUUAAAGGGGGAAUCUUCGGUCGAGUUGUACAGCCAAGUAAGUAACCUUUAUUUUUAA